AUGAUCUUCAGCUGGCGCGCAACACUCAGGUCGAGUGAGCUGUGGACUCGCGCCGGACCAAAAAGCCUGUGGCCCCGCUAUUUCCCCGCUGGCCGUUUGAAGACUGGCCAGCGACAUGCCACGCCUACCUCAUCGAGAUUGUUGCACACUACGAUGAGCGUUAACGGUCCUCGAGUUGCCUCUUUCAAGUCCGAUAUAGUCAAUCUUCCACCCAAAGACGAAAAGGAUAGCAAAUCCUGGUAUAAUUUGUUAGUUUAUCGCAACUCCACAAAGAAGGCGAAUAACGACUAA